UAUAAAGAUAAAGCAAACACAAAAACAACAUCUAUCUCUCCAACCAAUUCCCAGGGUUUCCAUUUCUCUCUUUUAUUUUCUCUUUUAAUGCCCUAUAAAAACACUCUUUCAUUAAAGUUUCUUACUUGUUAACCAAGACUAGAAAAACCUAAAAGAAAAAGGAAAAAGAGAAAAAAAAAUUAUGGGAAGGGGAAGAGUUGAACUGAAGAGGAUAGAGAACAAAAUUAAUAGGCAAGUUACAUUUGCUAAGAGAAGAAAUGGGUUGCUAAAAAAGGCUUAUGAACUCUCCGUUCUUUGUGAUGCUGAAGUUGGUCUCAUCGUUUUCUCCAACAGGGGAAAGCUUUAUGAGUUUUGUAGCAGCUCUAGCAUGAUGAAAACCCUGGACCGGUACCAAAGAUGCAGCUAUGGCGCACUGGAUGCUAACCGGGCAGGCAAUGAGUCACAGGGAACUUACCAGGAGUAUUUGAAGCUGAAAACCAGCGUCGAGGUCCUGCAGCGAUCUCAGAGAAACCUUCUGGGGGAAGAUCUUGGUCCGCUGAGCACAAAAGAGCUUGAUCAACUUGAGAAUCAGUUGGAGACAUCCUUGAAGCACAUCAGGACUACUAAGACACAAGUUAUGGUUGAUCAACUUGGCGAACUUCAAAAGAGAGAACAAAUGCUUCUUGAAACUAACAAGGCUCUGAGAAUGAAGCAGUUUGAGGAAAGCAGUGCGCAAGUUCCUCUUCGACUGGCAUGGGAUCAAACUGGGGCUGAAAACAUGACAUACAACACUCGUCUCCCCGCUCAUUCAGAAGGGUUUUUCCAACCCCUGGGAGCGAACGCCAAUAUCCAGAUGGGAUACAAUCCAAUGCUGGUGAAUACUAUUGGUGCGGAGGAAGAGGUGAGUGUUAGUGUUGCAGGCCAAACUCAGACUGUGAAUGGAUAUAUUCCAGGAUGGAUGCUUUGAUUAUAAGUUGGGUGAAUUGACUGAGUUUUUUUGCUUGGUUUUCAUGGUUGUGGUCAUCUUCUUCAUGCAGCAUGUAAUUAUGUAUGAGUAAAACUCUUUUUAAGUAUUGUUUGUAUUUUGUGUAAUUUCAGUGAGAAAUGACUGAUGCUUUUAUUAUUGUGUUGCUUAAUGGAAAACUUCUAAACCUUUUUUUAUUUA